ACAUUGACUAUUUUUUAGACAGCUGUUUAAUGCAUUUUUAAUUAAAAUCUCGUCAAAAAUUGUUUAUAUUUUCAUCGCAAAUUAUUGUUUUGUUUUUUUAAAAAAGUGUUUGAAAUAUUCUAAAAAUAGAUUAGUAAUAUCUGUGUUUGUGUACAUAAUUAUGUUAAAAUGAAUUCUUUGCGUGAUAGCUUAGCUAGUAUACCGGGUGCGGUUACGAAUUUUAUCAGUGACACAGCAUCGGUAGCCUCCAGUUAUAUACCCAUUAAUGUAGGAUUUCAAGGACAAAAUGAUACAACUUCCACAGAUUCCACCACCGAAUCUCUUAAUAGUUUUAAUGAAAUGGACAGCAGUUCGACGGGAGCAGUUUUAAUAAGUGAAAAAUCUUUACCCAUACCAGCGUCAUUGAUCAAAGAACAAUGGCGUUUGAUAUUUACCUCCGAUGCUAGUGAACAAGAUCUUAUGGAGGCCAUAAAUCAUUGUAAAGACUUGGUCUUAAUAUCCGAAGAAAAUAGUGAAGAACGUCGUUGGUUGGUUAGGCAUUUAGUAGAUUUGCGCUAUUCUUUGGAAGAAUUGUUGGAGGCCAAAAAUGAUAAGGUGGAAGUGGGUCCUUCGGUAAAAACGGUAGUGGGUCAUCACUUUGCGGCUCGUCAGAAAGGGGUGGGCAAAGGUUUGCCCCUACCCACAGCACGCAAUUAUUGUGAUCAUUGUACGGGCAUAAUUUGGAGUGUAGUACAGGCUUCCUAUCAGUGCUCCGAUUGUCGUUAUAUGGUACAUCAGAAAUGCCUAGACAGUGUGGUGAGAGUAUGUGCUCAUGUUAUAGCAUCCGAAAGGCAAUAUCCUAUUUUAGACAUUUGCCCGGAAAUCGGUUUAGCGGCCCAACGAUAUAAGUGCACCGAAUGUCGCACUUUAUUAAACUUUAAAAAUUCCUGGAUUGAACCUCGCUUAUGUGAUUACACGGGUUUAUACUAUUGUCCCUCUUGUCAUUGGAAUGAUUCGUGUAUUAUUCCCGCCCGUGUUGUUCACAAUUGGGAUUUUGUUCCACGCAAAGUGUCUCGUUCAGCUUUACAGGAAAUUCAACUAUUUCUCGAUAAACCCUUAAUAAGACUUGAAGAUGCUAAUCCCAAGUUGUUUGUUUUCUUGGAGAAAUUAGCCUCCUUGAAAAAAUUGCGACAGAAUUUGGUAUAUAUGCGUAAAUAUUUGUCUGAAUGUCGCCAGGCCGUUGAGGAAAAGUUACUGGAAACGCAAAUUGGUUUCCGUCGACAUCUCAUACAAUCAAAUGAAUUCUAUUCGAUUAAUGAUCUGGAACAGGCUGAAAACGGUACAUUAGGCGAACAUUUACAUAAAGUUUACAAUUGUUUCGACAAACAUAUACGCAAUUGUUCGAUGUGCACUGCUAAAGCAUAUAUCUGUGAAAUUUGCAGCAAUAAUGAAGUAAUAUUUCCAUUCGAUGAUGGCUGUAUUAUAUGUGAUAAAUGUAAUUCUAUAUAUCAUCGUGUUUGUAUGACGCGAAAAAAUAUGAUUUGUCCUAAGUGUGUACGUGUCCAGGAACGUCGCAUACAAAGGGAAUUAAUGGUGGAAAAAUAUAUAAAUUCCAAUGAUCCCGAAAAGGUUUUAAGUGACGAUAAUGAUGGUGAUGAGGAAGAUUGAGGGUGCAAUUAAUAUUAUUUAUGUAAUUUUAGUGGUAAAAUACAAUUUUAUUAGGUUUAAAUGUGACUAUGUAUAUACAAUUAUAUUAUUUUUUAAUAAAUAAAAAUA